AUGAAAAACUCAUCGGUUAUGUCAUCAGUCAUCAUACUGGAGGCUUUCUACAGUAUGGAGGGUCUUCAAUACUUGUACUUCACAAUAUUUUUCAUGUUAUACAUGCUUGUUGUUUUUGCUAACACCGCUGUCAUUUUUAUUAUAAUUAUUGACAAAGCUCUUCAUAAGCCUAUGCACAUCUUUCUUUGUAAUUUAGCAGUGAAUGGCAUCUAUGGCGGCACAGCUUUGCUGCCCUCCUUCCUUAGUACUUUAAUAUCUCCAUAUCAUGAGGUAUCUCUGGCGUGUUGUAAAGCUCAAACAUACUUUCUGCACACAUAUGCUAUGAUAGAAUUUACUAUUCUGUCGGUUAUGUGCUAUGAUCGCUAUGUGGCCAUCUGCUGUCCACUGCAGUAUCACAGUAUUAUGACCAAGACAAAAGUGUAUAAACUGGUUGCCCUCUCUUGGACAUAUCCAUUAGUGGCAUUUGCUUUGUUCUUUGUUCUGACUUUGCGGUUAAAGUUCUGUAAAAACAUAAUAGGGAAAGUGUACUGUAUCAAUUAUUCUCUUGUUAAGCUGUCAUGUGAUGACACGUAUGUUGUGAAUAUUCUGGGAUUGCUUUUUGUUGUUGUAUAUACUUUUCCUCAGCUUGUAAUGACUCUUUACUCAUAUGGACAUAUUCUUAAAAUAUGCCUUACUGCCACUAGAAAGUCUAAAAUGAAAGCGCUGAAAACAUGCACUCCACACUUAUUUGCCAUUUUGAACUAUAGUGUGGGGUGUUUCUUUGAAAUUGUACAAAGUCGCUUUGACACAAGUUUUUUGCCCUUUGAAACUCAAAUAUUUAUGUCACUUUAUUUCUUUAUAUUUCCUCCUAUUCUGAACCCAAUAAUUUAUGGGCUUAGUGUUCGUGCUUUAAGAGCCAAUAUUUCUAGACUGAUUUGUACGAAAAAUAAGUUACUACCCUUAAAGUAG